AUGGAAGGUCCCUUAGCGAAGUACAUAUAGAGCGAGUGCAGAGGAAGCUCAUAGCGCAAAGUGGAACAGUGAAAGAGUGAAAAUGAAGCUGCAGCUUAUUGCCUUCUCAAUACUUGUACAAGUUUCCCUUGCAGAAGAAUUCCAGAAUGUGACUGUUCUGAAGGGUCAGACUGUUGAUCUACAUUGUCCCGUUUUCAAAGCUCAUCAGGGAAGUGUUGAAUGGAGGGACCCAGGCAACAAUAUUAUGUUCUUUAACGGUAUUUCAGCAUUGAGGGACAAACGAUACAGCAUCACCAAGUUGUCCAAUUCACAGUUCUUCAUUAGCAUCACCAAUGUCACCUUUAAGGACGGAGGUGUGUACACAUGCACACAAUAUGAACCCAAAUUGUCAGUGAAGACAGUGAGGUUGACAGUAUUAGAUCUUCCAAGAAUGGCAGUAACAAGACAAGGAGGAAUGUCUGUUGUAAAAUGCAGUGCUAAGGGAAACAACCAUCCUCCCAAGAUCACCUGGAAAUUUGAAAAUGGAUCUGAAUUUCAAUUUCCUGCAACUAUACAUGAAGAACAUAACAUAUUUUCCACAGUGGCAAUAUUACAUGUUCUUCACGAGAAGAGCAGAGUCGCUGUGAAGUGCCUUGUUCAUCACCCAUACCUGCAUGAAGGGCCUUUGAUAAAUUUUGUAAAGGUUGGACAACAGAGAAAAAGGACCGUCCUCAGAUCUACAUCCAUUCCAUCCACUGUGCAGCCUGAAGGUUCUGUGAGGGGACUGAAGACAACACUAAGAUCUUUUAUACGUGGUAGCCAAGCAGUACGCUUUACAACCACAAACAUAGUUGGUCCCUCAUUGGAGUGGUCAUCUUCUACACCCAAUGAGCUGCUUGCUUCCAGUGACCCCAAGACUUUCAUAGUGACCCCUGCACCUACUGCAGGCCCCGCUACAUCUGUACUCUCACAUCUCAACACUAGUGAUGGCUUGCUUAACUCUACCUUACCAGACCCAAUUUGGAUGAGGAAUGACAUCACCAGUGAACCAACGAACACUACAGGUGGUUUACAAGAGGAUAUUACCCUGCAUAACACUACAGAGAAAAAUAUCACAGAUUACUUGGACUCCAAUAAGCGAACAGGAAUGAAACAAAACUCAUCCUUAUUAGUCCUUCUGGUGACAUGCCUCAUCUUUUGCCUUCUGGUUGUGGUCAUUUUCUUUGCUAUCAAGCUCAGGAGAGCACACAUUGCCUGGAAGAGAGAGAAUGAAGAUUCCGACCCAUCAGAAGCAAGCAGCAAAUCAAAAUCAAGCCAGGAAGAAAAGAAUUCCCAAGGCCAAAGGCGAAGAGGACUCUUCAACACAGUAUUCGCACACUAUGUUGUUGAGGAUCCAACAGCAGUAACUUCAGUAAUAAACCCAAAUCCAAUGACUCCAAAAGAAAGCACCACCAUAGGGCAGACCUCCCAAAGUCAGGUGCAAACUGCUGUCAGAAGCGACAUAAAAGAGACUUCACUUUAAUAACCUGAAAUGAUGGAAACUGUCAUGAUGACAUCACUGACUGAACUGCACCUGUAACAAUGAUUCCAGAGUCAACAGCAAUUACAUGUAGUAGCACAAUAAAAGGAGGCAGGUCCUACCUUUGUACUCUGAACCUUUAUUAUUGUAAACAUGUACCAUUAUGAGAUGGUCAUUAAAAGAUCAGAAACAGCUGAGAUGUGUGUGGUUAGGGUCAAAUACUCAUAUGUAAAGUUUUGUUAUAUUAUUUGUGAACUUAUAAAGAAUACUGAAUACUAUAAUAAAUUGUGAAAGACAUACGAAGCCAGUCAGUUGCUAAAAGCCAUGUAUUUAUCAGGAAACUAUUAUUUCUUUCAGUUGAAAUUAAUUCAGAUAUUCAAUUACUGUCACCAACAGUCAUGCUAUGGAAAACAUGUUUUUUUUUUCUUUCAUAUGCAAUGUGAAUAUGAAGUGAAGCUGAGGAGGCUGAGGUCAUUUAUGACUACUACAAAACUGCAUGUCUUCUUAAAAAUUUGCUUGUUUACAUCGUUUAGAAAGGAAUGUAUAUGUUGUACAGCAGAAAUGUAAAUGUACGUAUAAAUUUUGUACCAAUAAAGAUUAUUUUGCUACAAAA